CUCUUCUUUUCCCUUUUUUCGCCUCUCCAGAAAUUGAGGUAACCACAAGGAAGAUCCUCUCUUUUCACCAAUCUUAACCAACACCUUUUUUCUUUCACCAUCUUCAUCAUCAUCAUCAUCGUAAUCGACGUAGACGGAUCAGAAUCGACAUAGACAGGUUUUGUUGAAGUUUAUUUAUGAUGGAAAAUGGGGAGGAAAUAUUUAGCAAGGCCCGAAUGGACGAGUGGAAUGGUGUAGUAGAUGAAACUAUUGAAGUGCGGCCGGAGGAUAAGGUAGCUGUGGUGUCACAUGUAUCAAAGGAAUCGGAAGGGGAUGAAGUAUUUGAGGAGGCAAUAGAGCCAGAAUCUCCUGGUUUUGGUGUUGAGGAUGGAGUUAGUGAGGGAAGAAAUGAUGGCAACUCUGGGGAUAUUAAUAGUUCUAUUGAGGACAUUAGGAACUCUGAGUCAAGGGACGAUGUUGAGAACUUUGAGGAAGCGGUUGAAGUUUUGCAUGAGAUACAGCAUACUGAUGAUGAGUCUAAUCAGAAGGCGGAUGUUAUCUUGAAAGAGGAGCCUUCAGUUGAGAAGCAAAGUUCUCAUGAAAUCGCUGCACCGGAUGAAACAGAAGUGGUUGAGAAGAAUAUCAUAGUAGGGAAGGGUAAAGAUGACAUGUCUGAGGUUGCAGAUCUGGGUGCUGCUAUAGAAACUGAAACUUCAGUAAAUUGGGAUGAAAGGAAAGAUAAUUCUGGUGAACCAACUGAAUUUGAGAAUGGAGUUUUCGAUCAUGUGAACUUGGGAGGAACUCAAAGUCAUGAUGAUGCAAAGGAAACAAAUUCUGAUCAACAGGAUCAAGAGGUUCAUGGAAAAUUGGAUGCUCAGGAUGCCAAUGAGGCGGAAGCGGGUAAUAAUGUUCUGCAGAACCAGGUUCAUUCAUACAAAGAUGCUUUGCUGCAUGACGAAAAGAAGGUUGAUGUGAUUGAAACAUCUGCUGUUCAGCCUGCUGGGAAUCAAGACACUGCUGACGUCCACAACAAUGUCUCAGUUAGUUCUGGCUCUGUGCUGAAAGAUGAAGGAGAUACCGAAUGGGAAGGAGUGCUUAAAUCUUUGGAUUCUGAUGUUAAGGAUGAAGAGCAGAAAGAUAUUUCCCCUAAUGAUGCUUCCACAAAUGGUCACCUCAGUGAAAGCUUGAACCCAAGUGAUGAACUCAAAGAAGAAGCAGGGCCUAGUCCAGAACGGAUUAAUGGUUAUAAUAUGAAUGAAGAGCAGAUAGAUGUAGAAAGAACAAUGCCUAGUCCAGAACUAGUUAACGGUAGUAAUAAGGAUGAGGAGCAGCAGAUAGAUGGAGUAAAAGCAGUGCAUAGUCCAGAACCCGUUAACGGAAGUAAUAAGGAUGAAGAGCAGAAGCUAGAUGGAGUAAAAGCCAUUAGUCCAGAACCAGUUAACGGUAGUAAAAAAGAUGAAGGGCAGCAGUUAGAUGGAGAAAAGGCUGUGUGUAUUCCAGAACCAAUUAACAGUAGUAAUAAGGAUGAACAGCAGAUAGAUGGUUCAGACAACGACUCUGUUUCUAUUCUACAAGGAGGACACUUCCCCGUAAAGGCAGAAGUGACAGAAAAAGAAUCAACUGGUCCAGAACUAAUGGGUGAUGCUACUGAUGAUCAAGGACUGAAAUUAAAUGAGUCUCCUACUAUGGAACCAGGAAAUUUGAAUGACAGGACCAAUGAGCAGAAAGAUGUUUCCGUUUCUAACUCUUCAGCUUCUGUGAACCAUACCGGAAUUUCAGUAAGGGGUAGAGUGACUGCAGAUGAUGAAAUGUCUAAAUCAUCAGAAGCAUUGCCGUCUGACAAUCAUGAGAAGGUCUCGAAGGUUUCUCAAGAUGCAGGGGUUGGAGUUGAGAAAGUUGUAGAGAAGGAAUCAGUGUCAGUUGUUGUAAAGGACCUGAAACAAAGUGUUCCUAGGGUUAGGGAACCUGAAGCCAGAUCUGCAACGGAGCACUCAUCAUCUUCCAAUGCAUCUGCAACUCGGAUACCGGCACCUGCCGGCCUUGGUCGUGCUGCCCCACUAUUGGAACCUGCUCCCCGAGUGGUUCAGCAGCCUCGUGUAAAUGGAACAGCAUCUCCUGCACAAAACCAGCUUGUUGAAGAAUCUACAAAUGGAGAGGCUGAUGAAUAUGAUGAGACACGUGAGAAGCUCCAGAUGAUAAGAGUCAAGUUUUUGCGUCUAGCUCAUAGGAAUGGACAGACUCCACAUAAUGUGGUUGUUGCCCAAGUCUUGUAUAGAUUGGGAUUGGCUGAACAGCUGCGGGGGAGAAGUGGAGGUCGUGUUGGUGCUUUUAGUUUUGAUCGUGCAAGUGCUAUGGCUGAGCAACUUGAGGCAGCUGGACAAGAACCCCUGGACUUCUCUUGCACAAUAAUGGUUCUUGGAAAAACUGGUGUUGGUAAAAGUGCAACCAUAAAUUCGAUAUUUGAUGAAGUUAAGUUUGACACUGAUGCGUUCCAGAUAGGGACAAAAAAGGUUCAGGAUGUUGUGGGCACUGUGCAGGGAAUCAAGGUUCGGGUGAUUGACACUCCUGGGCUUCUUCCUUCCUGGUCAGACCAGCGCCAGAAUGAGAAGAUCCUUCAUUCUGUCAAACGGUUUAUUAAGAAGACACCCCCAGAUAUUGUUCUGUAUCUUGACAGGUUGGAUAUGCAGAGCAGAGAUAAUGGUGAUAUGCCAUUGUUGAGGACAAUUACUGAAAUUUUUGGACCAUCAAUAUGGUUUAAUGCCAUAGUUGUUCUGACACAUGCUGCGUCUGCUCCACCUGAAGGCCCCAAUGGUACUGUAACAAGCUAUGACAUGUUUGUAACUCAGCGCUCUCAUGUUGUCCAGCAAGCAAUACGUCAGGCUGCUGGAGAUAUGCGCCUUAUGAAUCCUGUUUCGCUAGUUGAGAAUCACUCAGCAUGCAGGACUAACAGGGCUGGACAGAGGGUGCUGCCUAAUGGACAGGUUUGGAGGCCUCACUUGUUACUUCUGUCAUUUGCAUCAAAAAUUUUGGCUGAAGCAAAUACAUUGCUUAAAUUACAAGAUAGUAGCGCACCAGGACAGCCUUAUGCCACUAGAACAAGAUCCCCUCCUUUACCUUUCCUAUUGUCAUCCCUUCUACAGUCAAGGCCACAGGUUAAACUACCAGCAGAGCAAUUUGAUGAUGAUGAUGAGGCUUUAGAUGAUGAUCUGGAUGAGUCUUCAGAGUCGGAAGAUGAAUCAGAAUAUGAUCAACUGCCACCUUUCAAGCGCUUGACCAAAGUACAGCUGGCAAAGUUGUCCAAAGAGCAGAAGAAGGCCUACAAUGAUGAGUUAGAAUACAGGGAAAAGCUCUAUAUGAAAAAGCAGUUGAAGGAAGAGAGGAAGAGGCGGAAGAUGAUGAAGAAAAUGCAAGCUGCGGCUGAAAGUUUACCACCAACUGAUCCCAGCGAAAAUGUAGAUGAAGAAACUGGUGGUGCAUCAUCAGUGCCAGUACCCAUGCCAGACUUGGCGUUACCUGCUUCAUUUGAUUCUGAUAAUCCAACUCAUAGAUAUCGAUAUCUGGAUUCUUCAAAUCAGUGGCUUGUGAGGCCUGUCCUAGAACCCAACGGUUGGGACCAUGAUGUUGGUUAUGAGGGCAUCAACGUAGAAAGAUUGUUUGUUGUCAAAGACAAGAUUCCUAUAUCUUUGUCCAGUCAGGUUUCAAAGGACAAAAAGGACAUCAAUCUUCAAAUGGAAAUUGCAAGUUCAGUAAAGCAUGGGCAUGGAAAAGCAACUUCUUUAGGUUUUGAUAUGCAGUCAGUUGGUAAAGACCUAGCUUAUACUCUUCGCAGUGAGACCAGAUUCUGCAAUUAUAGGAAGAAUAAGGCGACAGCUGGUCUUUCAGUAACUCUCUUAGGUGACAUCAUGACAGGUGGUGUGAAAAUUGAGGACAGGUUGACUUUUAAUAGACGGGGAUCAUUGGUUGUGUCUGGGGGAGCCAUGUUUGGCCGUGGUGAUGCUGCUUAUGGUGGUAGUUUGGAAGCGACGUUGCGAGACAAAGAUCAUCCUCUUGGUCGUUUCCUCUCAACCUUGGGGCUCUCGGUUAUGGACUGGCAUGGAGAUCUUGCUAUCGGAUGCAAUUCACAAACGCAGAUACCUAUUGGACGAUACACAAACUUGAUUGGCCGUGUCAACAUUAACAAUAAAGGGUCUGGACAAGUCAGUAUCCGUUUGAACAGCUCAGAACAGCUUCAGAUUGCUUUGAUAAGCUUAAUUCCACUUGUCAGAAAGCUGAUUAGCUACUCUCAACCAGCACAAUAUGGAUGAUGAUGAAACUAAGGCCAGACAGCGCACCAUACAACCAUUUGGUGACUUACAAAUCACUUCUAUAGUGGCCAUUAGCUGAUCGGCAUCACUGAACGUUUCCUGUUCUAGCAUAGGAGGAAGCAGUGGUUCAGAUUAAAUUGCUGUGUAUUUCAGCUUUAGCUGUAUAUUUGAUUCCAAGUUGUUUGCAAGGUGGCAUGUUAUUUCCAUGUUGACAACUUCCAUUGUUGAUAUAAACUAACAAUGUGCAGAUGCAAUUUAUUUUCUUGUGAAGAAAGGAAGGACUUGCAUUGUCUGGCUUCGCUAGGAAAAGUGGUUUUCCAGAUCAUCCAAAGGCAUGCCAUUGUAGCCUAAGAAGAGUUUAGCUUACGCUCGUCUUCAAUUUCCAAUUUUGUUUAUUAUCAUAAUGCUGAGAUUGGCUUUGCUUGUAAACUCUUUCGGGUUAAUCCUCCUAGACUGAAACUUCAAGUCUUGUUUAGUUAGGUUUUUAAAUGUUGAUGAUGAAAAAUGGGUUAACAUUAUAGCAAGUAGAAUUGGCUAUUGCAAGUGCGGUUCUGUGGUUUU